UAGAAAAAAAUCAAUAUUUCUGAAAUAUAAAUGAACAAAGUGAAGUGAAACGAAAAUAAAAAAAAAAGUUGAAAACUGACAAAAAUAUUUUUUUUUUCGUUUUUUCUAAAAAGUUUUUUUUUUUUUUUGAAAAAUGUCAGAAAAUUCAGAAGAAGAGAGCGAGGGAGAAAGUGAAAUAAAUUCUUUAGGGAUAUAUGACGGCGAAAGAAAUGAAAAAGGUGAAAGACACGGAAGUGGAAAAACAAUUUUGCCAAAUGGCGAUAUGUACGAUGGAAAUUAUCGUCAUGGACUUCGUGAGGGAAAUGGAAUUUAUUGUUUUAAAAAUGGAGCAAGAUUUAAAGGUGAAUGGCAUGAGGGUAAAAAACAUGGUCAAGGAUUUUUUUGGUAUCCCGAUGGAACACGAUACGAAGGAAAUUGGAAGCACGACAUGAAACACGGUUUUGGUGCUUAUUAUUAUAUGAAUGGUGAUAUUUACGAAGGUUCGUGGAAAAAAAAUUAUCGACAUGGAUUGGGAACUUAUUAUUAUGCCGAACAUGAUGUCAAAUUUAUGGGAACUUGGAUUUGUGAUAGAAUGCAAGGACCUGGACAACUUUGUUUUCAUCGACAUCGUUAUCAUGGUUCAUGGGAAUUAAAUUUGCCCAUUGGUCGUGGAUGUUACACUUUUGAAAAUGGAUCAAUGUUACAUGGACAUUAUAUUCAUAAAAAAAAUCCAGAAUAUCAAGAAGAAGAAGAAGAAGAUGAAAAUCAAAACAAAGAAGAACAGAAAAUAGUUGAUGAGAAAAAUUUGCAAAAUCAUGAAUUUAAACCAUUACCACUUAAAAAAGGAAUUUUUGCAUUUUGGCAACCACAAAAUGUCACGGAUUUUAAUCCUGAUUUACUUCCACCUGAUCCAAUGCCUUUGCAAGAAAAAGACUCAUUUGCAUCUGAAUCUGAUAAAUGCAACAGCGAGUCUUUGGAAGAUCAUUUUAAUCAAUAUUUAACAUUUGAUGAUCAACAACACGAAGGGGAAACUUUUAUCUACAACGAAUCAUUUCAAGAAUAUAAAUGAUAAUUGUCCGAUUUUUGUGAUUAAACACGUUUCUGUUAUAUAUAUAUAUACAUAAAAAAAUAAUAAAAUUUCAAAAUAUAAAAAAUAUUUUUUAUAAAAUUAAUAGAAAAAAAAAACUUUUUUAAUAUAAGUUUCAUUUAAGUGAAAAUAAAAAAAUAUAUUUCAUUGAUUUUGAAAUUUAAUUUUGUAAAUUUAAAAAAUUUAAACAUUUUCGUCAAAAAAUUAAAUUUU